AUGCUCGUCGGCUUCACGCUAGCUAGGAGCCCUCUGCUCCUCUCGCUGAGCAUGACGUCAGAGGCCCGGAACCGACAGACCUACCUUCGCGCGUCGGCGGCAGUGAUCUGGGACGUCGACGGCACCCUGGUGGAGUCAACCACCCUGGGAUUCACCGCAACGAACGAAGUGCUUUCAACAAGCGGAUACCGGAUGGUGACCGAGGAUGAGUACAAGCUAGGAUGCCGCUUCACCACCCCAGAUCGCUUCAACUACCACAUCGAGCGGCCCGCCGGAUCCGCUGAGGGCGGCCAGCUCGGCGAUCUCUUCGACAAGACGUACGUUCGGCGCGUCUCGCGCGAGACGGCGGGCCUCUUCGACGGGCUCGAGAAGCUUCUGCGCUCCCUCACCAUCGCCGGCCACCCGAUGGCGGUGCUCUCGAAUGCGUGCGGCGAGUACGUGCGUGCGGUGCUCUCGGCAAACGAGCUCGACGAGAAGCCCGGCGUGCGCGUGCCGCUCUUCAAGGAGGCGCUCGGCGCCGACGAGGUGGCAGAGGCGAAGCCUUCGGGCGUGGGCUUGCUCGAGAUUUGCUCGAGGAUUGAGGCGGUGCCCGAGGCGUCGGUCUAUGUUGGCGACGCGCCGACGGACGGCAAGGCGGCGCGCGCCGCAGGCAUGCGGUCGGUCGGCGUCGCUUGGGGCGCGAAUCCGGCAGCAGCGCUCGAGGCCGACUUCGACGUGGUUGUGAGUGACGUGCCCGCCCUAAUCGUGGCGUUGCGCACGUUGCUUGGAGACGAUGAGAAAUCGUAG